UACAUUCAUUGCGGAUAGAAAAAAAAACAAAGCGAUAACAUCUCUUCACUCAAGAAUUGCAAAUUCUAAUAAAUAUAACUAUUUUAUUCAAAAGUCUUUGAUUUGAAAUAAUUGAACUGACGGAAUGAACAAAUCAUGGAAGAGGUUCGACAUGUUAACGCCAACACCUAUUCGUACUAGAAAAGAUAUUAGGAGACAUAACAGUGAAAAUAAAGUGUUUCGAUCAUCCCGCAAAACAGUCAAUCAUAUCAAGCGCAUCAAUUCCAGGAAAGCAUUGUUCAAUUCUCAUCAGGGAACACCGUUUGGCGAAGAAUCGAAAAUAGAAGAUGCAUCUGAUGAAGAUACCCCACGUGAGAGUAUCGUUGGAAAUGUUUUAUUACAUUUCUCAGAAUACAAAGAAGUUCUGAAUUAUGAAUCAGACAUUGAAGACGUAUCAGAAAAUGACGAUUUUGACAGGAACGAAAACAUCGAUGAAACGGACGGGUCGGACUGCGAAUCUAUUCACUGUAAACGAAUUAACAUAAGCAGGCUUGAUUUCAUCAACUCUCGAAGUCCAGGAAGCGCUCGGAAGUUAAGUGAUGAUUUGUUCAUGGUGUCAACCGUAACCGAUUCAAAGGUAGAUAGGGAACAUUCAUCAACUAUAAUAAAACCAAUCAACGCCACAGAAGCUACACACGAAACGCCGAAUGCAGUUUCAAUGGGGGCACGUAACAACUGGAACAUGUUGAAUAACACGUUCAAUACUGACAAGAGCUUAAGAAGCGUCCGUAAUAAUUUUUCCAGCCGAUCGUGGAAAGAAUUCGAUGAGUCUUUCGAGCCUAUUUCAAGCGAGGAAGUUGAUUGUGCUGAUACUGAAACAAGCACUAUUCUAUCGAACACUGAGGAGAAUACAAUCAUUGAAAACAUUCCGGAUGAUGAUUUUUCCUAUAUUGAGUCGAAUGCAACCUGUAAAUUUCUACAUAUACAGCAUUCCGUACGAUUGAAAUGUAUCAAAAAUUCACCCUUGAAUUGUCUGCGAAACGCUUUGCACUGGAAAAUGUCAAGGCGAGCAUUUUGGCUGCACGAACGCCAAAUGGGUUUGGUGGCUGGUAAAAAACCUGUGAGAGUUGAUUCCAUUCAAAAUAUUUUUAAUCGAGUUGCUAUCAGUUAUCUAGAUGAUGAUGAUCCUGGGGUAAAGCACAUAUUCUACCUUGAUCCUACUGAGAGACUGCUUAGAUCGUUGACUGCAGGUUCCCUAAUUGAAGUUGAGUACAAUAUUGAGCCACAUAAAAUUUUUCGCCGAACAUUGAUACACUUAGGUGUAUUCAAAAUAAAAGUAAUUGAUUGA